AUGGACCUAGGGCUCUUUGGGUCUGCUGCAGGAUCAAGUCACAUCAGGAAUAAGCACCGUGUGUUGUUUCCAGUACAAUUCACGGAGUCCCAAAGGGGCAACGCGUUGGUCAUGCUUCACGGCCACAAAUUCAAACGGACCUCGCAGUAUGGGCGCAAGACCUGGUGGCACUGCGUCAAGAGAUACACGAAGGGUUGCCCCGCUCAAAUCAUUUUCGGUAGAUCCCGGCGCGGCAAUCCCGUCAUCAUAAUGGGGGGCUAUCGAUACACCAAAGCGGGUGAGAGAGGGUCGAUGCGACGUUGGGUGUGCGACAAGAAACAGCUGCUGCGGUGCCCCGCCAUCAUUACGACGAUACGAGACUCCCUGUUGAAGACUUCUAGCUCUCACAACCAU